CACGGAGCCGACGUGUAAUCAGAAUGGCGACCGUCGCAUCGCUGUGGGCGGACGUCGUCGCGUACGUGUCCAAGUCGCUGCCCGAGCGCGUCGGCGCGGCCCGGCGGCUGCUUGACGAGUACGGCGGGUCGCAGGCGAUGGCACAGACGCUGCAUGCUGCCACAAGCGUCCACCUCCGAGCUCUCCUCAGCACGGCCUCGGACGUCCUUUCUGGCAGCGACGAGGCUGACGUAUCCACUUGGUACUUCCUGCUGGCGGCUUCUGUCGCCGCCAUGGACCCAGCAGUGGGGCUUCAAGACGAAGCGGCGAUCGUGCGUCUCCUACGUCGCGUCGGGCCAUUCAUGACGCUGAUGCCCGUAGCAUUGGCCGCCUCGUGGCUGCUUCUCGGAGCGCGCUGCUUGGAAGCGCUCGAGUCGAGCGAACAUGGCCGCGAGUACAUCUGGGAGGGCAUCGUCCGCGCGUUCAAUCAAUGCAGCAGCUUGCCGCCUGACGACGUUGCGGCUCUCGGGCGAGCUAUGACGGGCCUCUUGAAAAAGGAUAGCGAUCUCAUCUACAGAAAUGACUUCCGGGUGUGCGUCGAUAUUGUGCUCCGUGAAGCCACUGACCUUGACUUGGACGAUCCUCGGCGAAUGCCCGUCGCUGACGUCCUCUUCCACUCGGUCGCUUCCAAAUUCUUCAUCGACACAGGCGGGUACCGGGCGGCAGCUUUGGCAAGCGUCGUGCAGCACUGGCGCGCCGAGCUCGACGCACAGCGACCUGGCGAUGCGACGAUCGACGCCAAGUUGGCUCGUGCCGCCGAGCACCUUGCGCAGUAUAAGCACAUAGAAUAAUAGAGCGAUUGAUUUCGAAUGGUCA